AUGGUUGGAAAUGUUUUCCAGGUUGCCCAGAAACUAAGGAAUGGUAGUUUGAUUCCUAGCGAAGUAUGCUCUUGGUGUAUACGGCGGAGCCAGCUGGCAAAAAGACUCAAUGUAUUCAUAACGGAAUUGCCAGACUAUGCACAGCAAUUGGCAGAAAAGUCGGAUGAACGAAUAGCACUAGGCAAGCCUCUUGGCCUAUUAGAUGGUAUUCCAAUUGCCGUCAAAGACAACUACUGUACCGCAGGAAUAAAGACGUCAUGUGCGUCCUCGAUGCUAGAGAACUUUUACUCACCUUACAAUGCAACGGUUGUGCAGAAGGUUCUAGAUGCGGGCGCUUCUGUAGUUGGGAAAACGAACAUGGAUGAGUUUGCAAUGGGGUCCGGCUCCUUAGACAGCAUAUAUGGCCCUGUUAGAAACCCGUGGAGCCGUGUUUACGCGAGGAAACGUCAAAUGUUAACAGCAGUCACGUCAUCAGCUGGUGUUGCGAUACAGCAAGCGCAGAGUGGCCAUGGUGUGAGUCUGUCAGCUAGUCAGAGAAUACCAGAUAACUAUGAUGAUAGCUACAAGAGCUUCUCCAUGGAAGAAGAUGAUUGGUUAAUAGCAGGUGGAAGUUCGGGAGGAAGUGCUGUUGCAGUAGCAAGUGGGUCAUGUUUUGGGGCUUUAUCCUCGGACACAGGUGGCUCUACACGAGUCCCCGCUUCAUACUGUGGCGUCGUUGGCUAUAAACCAACGUAUGGACUGGUUUCAAGACAUGGGCUCAUUCCUCUUGUCAACUCUCUGGAUACUCCCUCUAUGUUUACACGAUGCACAGACGACGCAGCUGCAAUCUUAGCAACUAUAAGUGGCAUUGAUGUGAUGGACUCCACGACUGUGCAAGAUUGCUCUGUUCCAUUUAGUUUACCAGAUGAUGCCUCGAUUGAGGGCCUUCACAUUGGAAUCCCAGAAGAGUACCACGCACCGGGUUUAUCCGAGGAGACAUUGGACACAUGGACGUGGGUGGCAGACUUGUUUGAGCGGGCAGGUGCGAAAGUGACCCGAGUGUCCUUGCCGCAUACACAGUACUCGAUCGUCUGCUACUCGGUGCUGUGUGUCUGCGAGGUGGCCUCCAACAUGGCACGAUAUGACGGGAUCGAGUAUGGGUACAGAAGCGAGCAGGCUUUGUCUACUCACGCCCUCUAUGCAGAUUCACGGCACACUGGCUUCAACGAUGUUGUGAGGGGACGAAUUCUUGCCGGCAACUACUUUCUAUUGAAACGCAACUAUGAUGCUUACUUCGUUCAGGCACAGAAGGUGCGACAGCUGAUCACUGCCGACUUCCGCCGCGCUUUUGACGCCGGCGUCGACGUCCUGCUGACACCGACGACGCUGACGGUGGCGCCACCUUACAAGGAGGCGACGCAACACGACAAUCGUACGAUGAGUGCGCAGGAGGACGUGUUCACUCAGCCUGCCAACAUGGCCGGUCUGCCUGCCGUGAGUGUUCCAGUGAAACUAUCCAGCCAGUCACUGCCCAUCGGUCUGCAGCUGAUGGCCAAUAACUUUGAGGACAAGCUCCUGUUGACCACUGCCAAGUGGUUGGAACAACAGGUUCAAUUUAACCGACUGGACCUGGUGGAGGAUAGCCUAGGUUUAGGCGAGCUAGUACAUUAGCUUAUCAUGCGCUUCUAGAAUACUACUAGGAAAAAGAACUAAAUGAAUCGCUCAAUCUUAUUACAAUGUUAUAUCAUUGCAGGAGUGAAAGUUGAAAGAAGUUAGUUUUUAGUCGCUGCUAAUUGCAGUUUUGAUUGUCACAUCUGUAGUCGUAUUCUCUGUAGUGUAGCUACUAGGUUGUACAUGUACUGUUGUGAAACGGGACACGAAUGCAAUGAACACGAAACUAUUUUUAAAAAAAUUAAAAAAUUUCUUGUAUUAAAUGUUUUUAGCUCAUCUGACAUAGUCAGAUGCAGCUUGUAGA